CUUGAGUUCACCACGAGUUUCAUGUCCACGUGAACGAGUAGAUGAUGUCGUUGUUUAAGAAGUCUAACCGCAAGUCCCAGAAAUCCAAUCAAAGGACCAGAUUUGACGACUCGGAUGAGGAUAAUAAUCACUCAAUUGAUGCCGAUUUGGAUGGAUUUGAGAGUAAAUUCAAAGUGAAGACAAAGUUGGACCCAAUCAUCAGUGACAAUGGGAUUAAGAGUGACCACAAGAUUGACACGGAUUUGAUCCCAAAGUUGGAAAUCAAGCCGAAAGUGGCGUCAAAUCCUAAACUGAGUUUCGCUGUGGAAGAAGAAGACGAGAGCGAUGUGUUUAAAGUGAAGAAGUCUUCGUAUAGCCGACGGUUAGCCAAUCAGAGGGAGAAUCGCGUGAAGAAGAAGAGGGAUGUGAAGAAAGAGGUGAAGACUAACGAAGAGAACCAAACCGUCGACGAGAAUAAGGAUAAAAAUAGAGACGAUUUGAAUGUGAUUUGGAUUAAGUCUAAAGAGAUUAAAGAGGAGCCAAAGAGUCCGCCGAAAGAGGAGAUGAAGAUCUUCUCCGGGGAUCAGAUCGAGUCCGACAGCGAAUACGAAGACAACGAACCCGAGGAGUAUAAGAGUAACGAACCCUUCCAUCACUUCCGGGGAGCCCUGGAAAGGGGUGUCAUUCCCGACGCGAAGACCAUUUAUGAGCUCAAAAAACAGCGACAAAUGGCGAGAGAUAUCGACGAACUCAUCAUUCCGUUGGCCGACGACGACAGAUAUGAGGAGUCGGACUCACGAGUGAUUCGCGACGACGACAACGAUCGGAGCGAUGAGGACGACGACGACGACGAGAGGAUCAGUUUCGCCAUAAAUCGAGAUAAUAUCGAGAGACAGAAGGCGAAGGAGGCGUUUCUCAUGGCUCAGGAGGAGGAGGAGGAGGCGAAAGACAUGUCGCGGUCUGAGUCGGAGUCGUCGGAGGACGAGAUAGACCGGUGGGAAAGGGAACAGAUUAGGAAAGGCGUGCGAAUGCCGGUCAUCCAGAUGUUGAAUCAGGAACAGGCGUCCAGUCGAGCCAUCUCUGGCCUCUUCAUCGACAACAUGAAU